AUUGAUUGAUCAAUAAUUCAUUAUAGUUUGUAUUGUGUUCCAUUAUAAGAGAAUUGAGUUCAUUGAUUUUAAAAAAAAAACAACAACCCAGUUUUAUUCUUUCAAAGAAGUAACAAACCAUAAGAACUUGAUAUUCAUUUAAUGAUGAAAUUAGAUGACAACUAAACAUCAAAUAGAAUGAAUAAAGUAAAAAGAGAAAUCUAUUAGAUUAUAAUUAGUAAUGGGGAAUACAUUCUCUUCUUCAGAAGAUCUUUCCAGUUCUAAUAACGAAAACAACAAGAGAAAAACAUCUAAUUCGUCAAAAGGUGGAAAGCCUAAAAUUCUUUCAAUACAAGAGUAUGAAGCAGAAUUGGAUCUUUUAACUAAUGAACCAAAAUCCUCUGAUGAUACAGACACAGAGGAAUCAUUUUCUGAUGAAGAUGAUGACAAUGACAAAGAUGAAAUGAAAUCCUUUACAUUACCGAAUUCAAGCAAACUUCAAUUAUCUGUCCAUUAUAAUGAUGCAGAACAAGAAAUGCAUGUGAAUGUUAUACGUGCAAAUAAUGUACCAGGCAGAGAAGCUGGCGGACCCUCAGCUUAUCAAAUUAACUUAUCUAUGGAACCAGAUAAUAAACAAUAUUGGCAAAGUAAAAUACGUACAGCACCAAAUCCAGAAUACUUAGAAGAAUGGAAAUUUAAAAUUCCUCUUGUUACUAUACACAAAUCUACGUUAAUUUGUUGUAUCGUUGGAUUUUUCGGAAAUGAAGAAUAUCUGUGUGGAGAAGCUUUUCUACCAUUUGAAAAUUUAAAUUUAAAUAUUGAAAAUAUUCUCACAGUAAAUUUUCAAUCAAUCCAUGUUCUACCGGCUUCACAUGAUUUGCAAUUAACAAAGACAGAAGUUGAAACAGACAGUAAAAGUAAAAUUGCAACGUCAAAAUUAACCGAUCAAGAUCGACCAUCAAUUUGUCCACAGAAUGAAAAUUCAAUCAUUUUCAAUACACGAUUAUCUAAAGUUUUACUUAUGCUACGAUUAAGUCAAAAUACUGGACGAUUUGAAUGUUGUAUUCAACAAAUUAAUCUUAUUGGUAUACGAUUAAGUAAAAUACCAAAACGAAGUAUCUAUGUGAAAUUAUUUAUUAGAACAGAAGAAGAUGGUUUAAUUAAUAAAGCGCAUAGUGCAUCUCAUCAACAACAAUCUACAAUACACAUGAAUGAAACAUUUGCAUUUUAUAUAAAACCAUAUCAAAUAGGCCAAAUCACUAUAGAAUUUUCAUUAUUCAAAAGAAAACCAUUCAAUAAACGAAUUAUAAUUGGAACGUGCAAAAUAGGUAAAUAUAAUACAAGUAUUAAUGAAUUAGAACAUUGGGAACGUGUAUUAGCUACAAAAGAUCAAGUCAUAUCACAAUGGCAUAAAUUCUAUCCAAUAGCAAUAACACCAUCGGAAAUGACAUUAAAAAUGGAAGAUUGAUUGAUUGUUUUUUUUGUGUUUCUUUUUUAGGGGGGGGAUUAUUUAUUAUAAUCAUUUCUUUCUAUUUAACUACUUUCAAUGUAUACACUUUUAAUGAUUAAAGAAAUGAUUAAUGGCUUUAUUCAGUAUUAUGUAAUUGGUACAAUCAAUAUAGAAUUCUCAACAUAAAGUAUUUCAAUAAGUUUU